CACACCCCCUCCAGUCCACCUCCCCCUUCCAUUGCAAGUGCUCAUUGCGGUCCUUCCCUUGCGCCUCUGUCUUUGGGUCCUGCCGAAGGCGCUGCUGCCCCGGCGGACACGUCACGGGGCACAUUUAUCCCCUCCCCUCUCGCGGCGCUCCUCGCUUGCUCCAGCCUUCACUAAAGAAUUAACUGAAGGUGCCACUCCAGAGCCGCUGGCUAUUCCUGGAAAAGAGGAGGCGGAGGAGAAGGAGGAGGAAGACAUUAGUGUUUCGGUGCGUGGGAGCAGCACCGAAGUUAGGCUUUGUGAGAGUGGGGCAUUUGCCUCCCAUCGCUGCGGUGCGGUGCGCUUGGAGAAGGCGGCUGUCAGCUCCUGGAAGGUGAAAUAGCAAACCCAUAUUUCUCCUGUAAGGUAGAGUCUUCGCUCUAGUCGCAUGUCAGUGUGAACUAGCUCUCGCUUCGCACCGGUUUUUUAUUUUUUCAAUACGUGUCAAAUAAUAAAAAUCUCUCUUUAUAAUAUAAAGCCUUUUUUAACGAAUUGCCUUGGCCAGCACUUGGACUUGUUUGGGUACUGACAGCACUGAGGUGGCGUUGGCCUGGAGGAAAAUGGAUCCUUUAAUGUAACUGUUUAGGAGAACCGGAUUUAGAACACGGGCUGGAGCAGCGAAAUCAGGUUGGCUGCCGCAGACACUAUUCCCCAAAUCUCAGAUGAGAGGCGAACGGGGCUUGUGCUAGGCAGAAUUGAAGGCAAGUUCUGCACUAGUGGUCUAGAAUAUACACAGUUUGAUACACACGUGUACUGUGAAAGCAUAUUUCUCCAACACUGGUCGCAAGACAAGCGGUCGCUCUCCUAGAAGGAAAAGCGAGCCUGUGGCUUUAGAGCAAUCCCAGGAGCAGCUCCUUCCUCACCGGCUUUGACUUUCAUUUUUUGCCUGGGCUGUCUUUCCAGUUUGUCUUCUCCUCUGCACCUUGGGCUCUGGGACCAGAUCCCUUUGCACUAGCUCAUUAGAGGACAGCCACCUUUUUAAAAAAAAAUUGCAGACUGUCUAGCACAAUUAUAUUCUGCUGAGCAGUUGCUUGAAGGCUUUGUUUUUCGGAGGGGGGAGAAUUGCACAGAGCAGGAAAUCAUUCGCUAAACAAAGAAAAAAAAGGGGCUAUGCUCUCUGUGAACGAGAAGAUCCAUUUCCAGCUGCAGCCACGGUCCUGGUUCACGUAGAUCUUUCAGUCUCUACUUUCCAAGUGCGAGACAUUUGCAUUGCAGUCAGCCCAGAACUGCAUUCUCCUGACCUGCUGCGGCUUGUGGCACAGAGGUGGUUUUCCACUCUCGCCCUUCUGAUGUGUUGAUUUUUGUUCUGUUUUUACGAAGAAAAUAAUAUUAACGGUACAGUCAAAGUCCAUGCUCGCAGCAAUCCGGAAGGAUCGGGUCUAAUAUGCCAGUGUCACCCUCCUCAUUGCCGUGCAAUAGCCGCGAUGAAGGAAAAGUCCAAGAAUGCUGCGAAGACUAGAAGGGAAAAAGAAAAUGGAGAAUUCUACGAACUGGCCAAGUUGUUGCCUCUGCCUUCAGCUAUCACCUCCCAGCUGGACAAGGCCUCCAUCAUCCGCCUCACCACCAGCUACCUGAAAAUGCGAGCUGUCUUCCCAGAAGGUUUGGGCGACGCCUGGGGACAGCCGAGCAGAAUAGGGCCCUUGGAUAAUGUGGCUAAAGAGCUGGGAUCUCAUUUGCUUCAGACAUUGGAUGGAUUUGUUUUUGUGGUAGCAUCUGAUGGCAAAAUAAUGUAUAUCUCUGAAACUGCAUCUGUUCAUCUUGGUUUAUCCCAGGUGGAGCUUACUGGCAAUAGCAUUUAUGAGUAUAUACAUCCUUCUGACCAUGAUGAGAUGACAGCAGUGCUUACAGCACACCAGCCUCUUCAUCCUCACCUCUUACAAGAGUACGAAAUAGAGAGAUCGUUUUUUCUCCGGAUGAAGUGUGUCUUGGCUAAGAGGAAUGCAGGCUUGACAUGUAGCGGCUAUAAGGUGAUCCACUGCAGUGGCUAUUUGAAGAUACGUCAGUAUAUACUGGACAUGUCCUUGUAUGAUUCCUGUUACCAAAUUGUAGGACUGGUGGCUGUGGGUCAGUCUUUACCUCCCAGUGCAAUCACUGAGAUCAAGCUUCACAGUAACAUGUUCAUGUUCAGAGCAAGUCUGGACUUAAAACUUAUAUUCCUAGAUUCCAGGGUGACUGAUUUAACUGGAUACGAGCCCCAAGACUUGAUAGAGAAGACCCUCUACCACCAUGUUCAUGGCUGCGAUGUCUUCCAUUUACGAUAUGCUCACCAUCUCUUGUUGGUGAAAGGCCAAGUCACAACCAAGUACUAUCGACUACUGUCCAAGCAUGGAGGUUGGGUUUGGAUACAGAGCUAUGCUACCAUCGUGCAUAACAGCCGUUCAUCUCGGCCUCACUGCAUAGUGAGUGUCAAUUAUGUCCUUACAGAUAUUGAGUACAAGGAACUUCAAUUAUCACUGGACCAGGUUACCAUUUCUAAGUCACAAUUUUCAUGCAGAAACUCAAUGUCUACCUCACAAGAAACAAGGAGAGUAGCAAAACCCAAAAGUAAUAAAAUGAAGGCAAAACUCAGAAUGACUCCUUACCCGCAACAGCAAUACAGCUCAUUCCAAACAGACAAACUGGAAUGUGGCCAGGUUGGAAGCUGGAGAUCCAGCCCUACAGCGAAUGCAGGCACCAUCCAAGAACAGAAUUUCCAUUCAGAAAACAGUGAACUUUUAUAUGCCCCCUCAUAUAGUUUGCCUUUCACAUACCAUUAUGGACACUUCCCUGUAGAUUCUCAUGUCUUCAGUAGCAAAAAACAAAUGCUGACUUCUAAAUUUGGGCAGUCUCAAGGAUCACCUUGUGAAGUGGCUCGUUUUUUCUUGAGUACGUUGCAGACAAGUGGAGAGCGCCAAUGGCAUUAUGCCAACUCUUUAGUACCUACCAGCCAGUCACCGUCUAAAAGUCUUCCCGAUCAACCAAUGAAUAUUGCACGUCAUAAUCUUGCACAGAGUUAUGAAGUGCCCAUACCAAACAGAAGAUACAGCCAAGAUGCUACAUCUGACAGCUUUCCAAGUUGUGCAACAUCCAUGCCAAACAGCAGAUACAAAGAAGAGAUUUACAACUCCAGCAUCAUGAAACCCAACAAAAUGGAAAGCAGGAUACAUCCAUCUCAUCAUCUCAUUAAAGAAGAAAACAAGUUAGCUUUCAGCAGAGACCUACAAGAAAAAGUGUGUGUCAAUGAAAAGUCUUUUUCAAACUCCAUAGCUAAUUCCUUGUUGCCAAAAUCAGAAUGUUUUCAGGCUAAAGCUAUUGGACAAUUAAGUCAUCUCCUGCCAGUGCCAACAGUAUAUGAACAAACAAGGAGAAUAUGUAUGAAAGAACCAAAAUAUGGGCAUAUUAACCAUCAUGCUAUGAAUCUGGAUGAACUAGACAGUGACGACAGAAUGACAGUAAAGCUUGACCAUGACUCUGAAAAUGAACACAUGAUGGAUACGAGAACUACUGGACAAGUCCCAUUUGUAUUUCUGAACUAUCACCAUGUUUUAGCCAAACAUGGUACAUUUCAAACCUCAUCAUGUACAGCAACAGGACAUGUAGCAGAAAAUUAUGGAUACACUUCUGAAGAGGUAAAUACAUUUAUUUAUAAAAACCAAAGUCCAUCAUCAGCCUCUUCUCCAGAAACCCACAAGGAGACUGCACUACCCCAUUAUAUCGGAACUUCUGUAAUAAUAGCCAAUGGGAGGUGACGAUAAUAGAAAUGUAUUUCUUAAUUAAAAACAAACCCAUACUGUAAUGAUUUCUAAAAAGCAUGAGAAAACAUGGUUACAUUUACUGAGCAGAGCAGGUGGUCAGUGGGGGACAAACUUGUAUGUGUUCUUGGCAAGUAAUGUGUAAUAGUACCUUUAAGGUCAGAAAAAUACACAUCUAGCUUCAGUGUUUCAUUGUUACAGAUAAAUCUCUGGUGUAGAUUCUGCCAGUAAGAAGCCAUAUAAAGAUCAUAUUUUUGUUAUUUUACAGUGUGUAACAAAAUUAAAGGGCAAACGUUAUACGCCCAGAAUUAUACAGAAGCAACUAUUUUUUUUCUUUUUUAAAAAACUAGGUCUCCAAAAUAUAUUCAAGAUUCUUACCAUUAAUAUAAACCAUAAAAUGUAGUUUAAAUGUUACCUGACAAACACUGUGAAAUAUUAGAGCAAUUUUCCAUCCAUGUUGUAAACAACCUGACAAAUGAACUUUGUUUAAAAAAUGGUAAUUAAUCCUAAAUAUCCAUGACAUAAUUGCAUGAACUAACCACAAAUCUCAUGGUCUUGGAAUGCUUAUUAAUUAUUUUAAUAGUCUAAAACAAAGUUAGAUAAUUCUAACUUUAUGAUAUAUUUUAACAGAGUCAGGAAUUCAUAGCUUGUUGCUAUUAUUAUGUAUUCCAGAGGGAUGAUAAAAAGUCAAACUAGUAGACACAGAUAACAUAGGAAAAAGUCUUGUCAUAGCAAGAUUGGCACAACAUGAGAUCACACUGCAAGGACUGAAAAUUGCUCCCAAUAAAAAAAGGCUGUGAUAAGAAAUAACUUUUUCAAGUGUGCCACUGGAUAUACUGGGAGAAGAUUGUGCACUUUUUCAAACAAACUAUUCAAAAGACUGUCCUGAUAGGAACAUUAGAAAUUUCUUAUUUUAGACAGCAAAGGAAAUAGGGAAGAGAAUUCAGUGAAACUUUACAAGCUUGGUUCAGAACUUGUCAGUACUUUUUAAAGUUUUGAAAAAGUUCAGGUUUUUAGCAAACUGGACUUUCUCAAGGUUGAAUUCUCCUUGUUGAUCCAAAGUCAAGAUUCAGGUUUCACAGAUUCUCUCUCACCACAAAAAACUCUGAUGGACAGUUUGGACACAAGAAACCACUGCAAGUUACAAAAAGCAGUUUGAGUACAUUUGUGGUUAGACAGAGCUGAACAUUUCGCACAGCUCUCACGGUUAGGUACAGUAAACUGUAUCCAGGAAAAAGCAUUUCAGAUUAGCAGAAAAUCCCCAUCUACCUAGUUUUUUUCAGUAUUUCCAAUAAAGUACCAAUUAGUUAUUUUCGCCUGUCCCUAUGGUGUACAAAUCAGGAAAUAAGGAGAUAUAUGUAUUUACAAUAGAACCUCAUUGUUACAAACACCACAGUUAUGAACUGACCAGUCAACCACCCCCUCAUUUGGAACUGGAAGUACACAAUGAGGCAACAGUAGAGGACCCCCCCAUCAAAAAAAAAAAAAAAAGGUAAAUACAGUACUGUACAGUACUUUUUUUUUUAGUAAACUACUAAAAAAGUAAAGGGAAAGCAACAUUUUUCUUCCACAUAAUAAAGUUUCAAAGCUGUAUUAAGUCAAUGUUCAGUUGUAAACUUUUGAAAGAACCACCAUAACCUUUUUGUUCAGAGUUGCAAACAUUUCAGUCAUGAACAAUCUCCACUCCAGAGGUGUUGGUAAUUCUGAGGUUUUACUGUAUGCAUGUUCUACAGAGAGUACACACGAUCAGCAUACACCACCUUCUUCAUCACCUCCCCAAAAAUUCUUUGUGCUCUUGAUAAAAUGACGAAUGACUCCCUAAAAUAACACGUAUAAACAUUAACAAGAACAAACAAUGGAGUCAGAUGGUGUUUUAUAGGAAGACUGCAUUGUAAACUUGAGUCAGCAUUAUCUAGCUUCUUUUUUUAGUUCCAUUCAAGGCUAGAUUACAUUAUAAAAGCUUUUAUCUGCCACAGCUAAAUAUAAAUGUCUCAUGCUCUGUAGGAGUAUCUCUAAAGAAAGUAUUCACAUGGCUUGUGCAAUAUGGAAAAAUACAUGCUCAUGGAUUACACCUUAUUAAAGACAAAUAUGUUAAAGGAUGUAAUAAAAUGUAUACAUUUUUAAUCAAUAAAGCAUUGUCUGUAUUUCAUACACAGCAACAAGUCAUUUGUUUUCCUAGGCUUUUAUGAAUAUUAAUUGAUAUAACAAGUAAACAAAUGCUUUGAAGACGUGUUUAAAAAACAAUUUUCAGUAUUUUUACUGCCUUUCAAUUAAAAGAUGAAUAGUAUUGAGAAAGUGUUAUUUUGCAAUUCAUCUGAUGCACUGCACUCGCAAGUUCACAGUUAACUGAACUUUUAAUUCGCUGACAGUGCUUUUUUCUCUGCCCCUGCAUACUUUCACUGUGAUGCUCAACAAAAAUAUUUCGUAGUAGCUACUAGAAUUUUGAUGCCUUUACAAAAAUGUUCACUGUAAGUGCACUCUGUGAGUCUCUAAAGACAGAAAGGAGUCAGGUCUAAAGGAAUUUUACAAGUGAAUCCUAUUACCAAUAUUGAUAUGAUUAGUUACAAGUGCUUUGUUCUCAUUGUUUAAUUGACCUUCCAAACUAGUGUCACUAAUGUAUGUAUCCAACUUAAUUCCUGGAAGAAUACAAUGAUGCCAAGACUUGUGUGCAUUAAUUUUUAAAAUUAAAAAUGUCCUGCAAUAAGAAAACUGACAUUGUCUGCAUUGUCAAGAAGAAACCUGAUGCACAGCUCUCCCAUAUUACAUUUUGCUAUAUACAUCACUAGUACAGUGUACUGCACACAAAAUCAGUCUAGUAUAUUUUUCUGUUCUCGAGUGGGUCUUCAUUGAGAAAACAUUUCAGAAGGUACAAGUUUGGCUUUAGUUUUUGUUUUUUUGAAGUACAAUACCACAAAGUAUUUUCCAGCAUCUACUUUGUUAUUCAGAUUUUGUGGCUGUAUUCAAUGAAUAUGCGUUAUGGAGGUGUUCCAUCAUUCUCUGGCAGAUGUUUUACAGUAGAUGAGGUUCUGAGACAUAGAAGUUUAUAGUUGGGAAAUAGAGAACGAACUGUGCAUUCACAUAUGAUAAUGUGGAUUAAGUUUCAGAACAUGUAUUUGUGACUUAAAAAACAAAUGUGCAACAUUUCGCCUGGCCACCCCAAAAUAGAAACUCUGAUUGUGUAUUCACAUCUGGAACAUGAAUGAAGAAUUCUAAAAAGAAGUAGGAGUUCAGAUAUAUACUUUGAGACAGUUGAACUACAGAUGUUCACUGUGUAUACUCAGCGCAGUAUAUGGUACAAGAAUUGACACUUUUUUAAAACUAUUAGGGAAAAUAUUCCAUAUAAGUGGAGUGUGAAUCAGAAUAUAUUAGGGAAAAAACCAUUUCAUUUCCCUUCUUUCUGCCUUAUUCAUUUGAGCCAGAAAUACCUUAAUUGUGCAACUCCACACAUUUGUUAACCUCUUAGGGAGUUGCUGGCAUGGCAAAGAAACUUUGUAAAGAGAAAUGCAGAGUUUUAAUGAAGAGUGAAAUUGGAAACAUCAAUCACUUAUUAGUGUCUCAAAAUUUGUAUGCUAUUAGCACAGCUAUCACAACACUUGUAAGUGCAGUGACACACUUUAUUACUGAAUACAGCCCUGAAGUUCCUAAAGAGUUAUUCAGUAGAUUUACUCAUUCUAAAACACAGUGAUAUGCACAACAUACAGGUUAGAAAAUAUAGCUCACACACAAAACAGAUGCUAUUUUUAUGAAAGAAUGGGAUAUCUGCUGGAAUAUUGGUACUUGUCUGAAAUUCACAAAAUGUGACAGUAAAUGUAAUUUUUCAAUCCAUCUCAGUUACUUCUCAGAACAAAUGUGUCUGAGUCCACUUUUUUCCUGGAAAUUUUUUUUUAAAAUAUGAUGCAGAAAUGAAAUAUUUGGCAAAUACUUUUGAAAAGUAAAGAAAAAUACAAACACACUAUUAAUGCUCAAAAUUAUAUAUGUACUCCCUAAAAAUAUAAAGCAUAUUUUGCUUAUUUAUUAUAUAAAACAAAACUGUUAACAUGUUAAUAAAUACUGUAGUCAAAGGAGUAAUGGGUUUGAUUUUUUUAAAAUACAAGCAUAAGGUAUCAUUAAGAAUGACAGACACACAGGAGAUUUUUUU